AUGCGGCCACAUACCCCUUCUUUGGAUACCACCCUCCUAAUACCGACAGCGACGGUACCUACUUCGCCAUCUUCACCACCCGAGACACCCACCACCGGAUCUCCCAAGAUGAGUCGCAAAGCGGCGCUAAACGGUCACACCAUGCGUCAUUCAAAAGUACAUGGCCAACAAGACCACUCAUCCAAUAUUCGGCCAUUGGGUGGCACUAAAUUUAGUUACACCCGCGGGCCUCGACCUGAGGAAAUAUCACCUCGUUCCUCAAAUUCAUCUGAUGAGGAAUCCGACUCGUCCGUCACCGCUCCGCAAUCAAUCUGCUCGGAUAUACCGAAAGUGCACCACCAUCAUGUAGAACAGAUUGUUUCAGCUCAGGAGGAUGCCGCAUUCUCCAUUGAGGAAUUGAGUGAUGAUUGUUCGCUCGAUUGCGACGAAGUUAACUUCCGUCAGCCAGACGAAGUUGAGUAUGCCAAUUCGGAGCGCAGUCGGUCAAAAUCUCGACCCCCGCCGGAUAUGGAUCCUGCUGUCAUGACGGGCAUAGAAAACCUAAACACGUUUGAAGACUCGGACGUUGACAUUGAUCACAAUGACGAAGAAUUUCGCCAACAAUUGCAGAAGAGACGCGAGGAACGCCGCCUCAGGAGGAUGAAGUCGGGAAGCCUUAGCAAGCGAACAGUAAGCGAGCGAGGCAGCGAUUCCGACAGAGAGGACAUCCUACCUUACUAUGAAGGGAGUGAGACGGGCGCAGCUCGUCGAAUGCGGCGAAAGGUUGGCGAUAGGAUCAGCAUUCAAUUUACCGGCGCACUUCCAGAGAGGAUCGAGGAGCUAAAAGAACCGAAUAGCGACGAUGAAAUCAUUAUAGGCUCUGCCGAGGUAUUUGCAAGAGAAUUGCCAUAUUGGACUUUGAUGGAUGUUGAUUCGGAAUGA